ACGUUGUCAUUCAUUAACGUGCUUUGUGACCGGAUAUUAACAAGAUGUACAUUUUCCUUAUUCCGGCAACUUUGAUUGCACUCUUGUACCUUUACUUUACGAGAAAUUUCAACUUCUGGAAAAAUAAAAAUGUUCCUGGCCCUAAGCCGGUACCGUUCUUCGGUAAUAUCAUGGAAUCUGUUAUUAGACGGAAACAUUUGAUUUUGGUUUACAAAGAUAUUUAUGAGAAAUAUCCUGACGAGAAGGUGGUUGGUAUGUACAGAAUGACCACACCGUGUCUCAUGCUGAAAGACUUGGAUAUUAUAAAGGACGUGCUUGUCAAAGAUUUCGACAUGUUUGUUGACAGAGGAGUCGAAUUCAGUGAAGAGGGUCUCGGUGCAAACAUCUUCCACGCAGACGGUGAUAGGUGGAGAAUUCUCAGACAUCGAUUCACUCCUCUCUUCACGUCAGGGAAACUGAAGAACAUGUUGCAUUUGAUUACCAACCGCGGUGAAAAGUUUAUUAAGCACGUGGAGAAGAUUACCGAAGUCCAAACAGAGCAGCCCAUAAAUUCUCUUCUUGAAAAGUUUACUAUGGCUUCUAUCGCAGCUUGUGUUUUCGGAAUUGAUUUAGAUGAAGAUAUGUUCCAUACGUUGGAAAAGAUUAACAAAAUCUUUUCCACUGCGAGGUACGGAAUUGAAUUAGAUAUGAUGUAUCCUGGAAUCUUGAAAAGGUUUGGCGGUUCACUAUUCUCAAGUGUUUUAAGCAAAUUCUUCCUAAAUCUUAUAAAAAGUGUCAUCGAACAAAGAAAUGGAAUGCCGACGAAUAGGAAAGACUUCAUAGAUUUAAUUUUGGAAUUAAGACAACAGAAAGUAAUCGAAUCUGCGCGAAGAAAUGAAAACGAAGAUGUUAAAACACUUGAACUGACUGACAAUAUUAUCGCUGCUCAGGCUUUUACAUUUUACGGAGCUGGCUACGAAAGUAGCGCGUUGACUUUAACGCAUAUGUUCUACGAAUUGGCAAAGAAUCCAGAUAUACAAGACAAACUUAUUAAGGAAAUCGACGAGGUUCUUGAACGUUACAACGGUGAAUUAACUUAUGACGCUCUGCAUGAGAUGACGUAUCUUAGUCAAGUAUUUGACGAAACUUUAAGAAAGUAUCCAGUUGCGGAUCUUUUGCAUCGCAACGCUCAAAGUGACUACACACUGGCUGGAACUAAUAUCACUCUACACAAAGCAGAUACUGUUAUCAUCUCCGCUUAUGGAAUUCAUCGAGAUCCAAAACACUACCCAAACCCUUUGAAAUUUGAUCCAGAACGAUUUACUCCUGAAAAUGUAGGAAAAAGGCAUGCAUGUGCUUAUUUACCAUUUGGAACUGGUCCUAGAAAUUGUAUAGGUAUGCGGUUCGCUAAAUGGCAGUCUCAAGUGUGUAGUGUGAUGUUUUUCUCAAAAUUCCGCGUCGACCUUUCAAAGAAUACGCCUUUGGAGUUGGAAUACGAUCCUAAUUUCAUAUUCACUGUCCCCAGUGGAGGUGUACCUUUAAACAUUGUACGGAGAUAAACCUGUGGGUUUCGAGAGUAUGCAUUCUUGCUAAAAACAUGCUAGUCCAUAUGAUACUCAAAAAUACUUAGUAAUUAUGGAAACAAUUUAAUGCUUUUAAUGUUCUAGUUUUAAUGUUGAAAAAAAAAACGUUUGUAACAUUUGAAUAAUACAAAAAAAAUUCUAGCCCCCUCUACUAAUAAGAAAAGGAUUGGAAGAAGAAGGGUAUACGAUGGUAUUUGGGUUGGAUAAGAAAAGUCUUUUCUAGAAGAAAGGACAUUUUAGAUAUUUUACAUAUUUUUUCACAGCCUGUUUUAUGAUGAUGGUUCCAGAUAUAUAUUGAGUACGUGGUCGUGGCUAGUGGGAGACUGGGGGCAGCUGCCCAUGUAGUGAAUCAAAAAAUGUGAAAUGACAAUUACGUGUAAAACCAUGUUAAUAGUAGCAGCCCUAGACCAAUCCUAGAUUCACUAGCAACGCCCAUGUAGUGGUCACAUCAAUAGUUGUAAUAAUUUGUAAAUACUAAUAAAAAAUUGAAAAUAAA